AAAAAUUGCUGGUCUUCCAUCUAACUAAGCAUCUUGUAUCUAACUGUUCUGCCAAAAUCUUGCAUCUAACCGAUUAUUUUCACCUUAAUUCUUCCAAAAAGGCAAAAACCAACAACCACUUCCCCACUUUUUUCCUUCUUCUGGCAUCCAAAACCUGCCGCUUCAUUUUUGGAUGCACAAUCUCUCAGCUCUGCAACUCUCUCAGCAAUUUCAACGUACCCUCUUUCUCCUUCAUCAUCAGUAUCACUGACCCCCAUCUCUUGUUCUUCCGUGCUCUCUCUGAGCUGCUGUUAGUUCAAGAUCCUCUUUUUAGUGACCCAUGAUCACUCAUCAACGUCUUUGAUAACUGUCUUCUGUAGAAAAGAAGUUUCAAUCUUUUCUGCAAUUCGGGACACCCUUUUGCCUUUUAUGCAACAUCCUCUGGAGCAGCCAAAAACCCAAUAGCUUUUUUGCUUACUGGAAUUUUCAGAUCCUGGAUCGGUUUUUCUGACGGUUGUUCUCUCUGAUUUGUUUGUGAAGAUGCAUUAAAUUGAUAUUGCUUUGUGGUUCAGGUCAAGUUUCAAAGAACUUUCAGUUUAAGCUGAGGAUCAUGCCUCUUCAAGAGGCUUUCUGGUGUUGAGAGAAAAGGCUCAAUUUUGUCCACAAGGUGUUUCGUUUUUUCUCUAACUGCAUAGUCCUUCUUGAUUGAUGAAAGGAUUUUUUUUUUGGUUUUUUGUUGGUGUUGCUUUUUUUGUUUGCUUUUGUUGGAUAUCAUUAGAAAGGGAAAAUCUUUAUAAUUAGAGUUUCUGAAAGGGUUAUGUGUUUUCUGUAGUAAUUAUCUUUGAUAUUUUUUGCUAAGUAGGGUGAGGAGAUUGAAGCUGUUUUGGUCUUGGGUUUGUUUGGAUGAUAAUAUGCUAGAAGGUUAUUACUUUAUGAGUUUGGAUCUGAAAGAUUGUCCUUUUGGACAAGUUAAACAAGAGGGUUUGGACCCCUUGCCAUUGCUUUGAAUUCAAGUGCAAAUCUGGUUUUUGCAUUAGCUCACUCCUCUUGGAGCUCCUUUCGAGAUGGCUGUAACCGACCGGUGUUUCGUGGAAUGGAAAGAGCAGUUUGUUUCCCAAGAGCGUGGCAACCGUGUGGUCCACUAUUACCUGAAGGAUUCUGACGGGGAAUCCAUACUCGCUGUUGUGGGCACUGAGAGGAGUGUUAGGCACAUGUUCUAUGUUGUGGCCGAUGAGUUUUUGGAAAUUUGUGGGAAGGAAGGUUCUGUUCCUGCCGGUUUCAAAUGGAGAUCUAGAAGAGAGGUGGUUGAUUGGCUGACGUCAACGCUUUCGAAGCAGCAUCUUCAGGGAGAUAGAACUGGAUCACCUAGUCAUUCUUCAGGACAAGCUUAUGAUACCACAAAUGGUAGUGUCAAUGAAAUUACUGGUCUUCCUGCACCGAUAGCGAAUAGCAAGGGAUUUCUAACCCGAAACUCUAAAAUAUCCAAGUCUGACAUUGUUUGGUCUGGAGUGGCGUGGACAUGUGGCAAGCAGCUUAAACAUUAUCAUGCUUUUUGCAGGAAUGGCAUCAAAAUAAUUGUUCAAUCAUUUGUUUUUGUCAUGGGCAAGGGAGAGAAUCAUUAUGUUGCUUAUUUAGAGGAUAUGUAUGAAGAUAGGAGGGGGCAGAAAAAGGUCAAAGUGAGGUGGUUUCACCAUAAUCAGGAAGUCAAGGGUGUGAUUCCUGUUCGAAAUCCACAUCCCCGGGAAGUUUUCAUCACACCUUAUUCUCAAGUUAUUAGUGCAGAGUGUGUUGAUGGUCCCACCACGGUCUUAAGUCGUGAACAUUAUGAAAAAUGCAUGCCUUGCUUUUCCCCAACUUCAUCAGAUAGAAUACAUAUGUGCUUUAGGCAAUUUAGAAGCAACAAAGUUAAGCCCUUUGACUUGAGUAAACUGCGGGGAUACUAUGAUCAACCAAUUCUUUCUUGCUUGCAAUUUGAUUCUAUGCUGAAUCCUAAGGGAAAUGGCCUAGCAGGAGGAGAUGAAGAGUUGAGUGCAGGUGAAACUGUAAAGCUCAGAGCCAAGAGAAGGGAUAGGGGAACCCCUCAGUCUUUGAUUGGUCGGCGGGGAGUUAGGAAGUUAGUUAGGAGUCAGCAAAUGAUGGUAUACAAAAACUCACAGGGUGUAAAUAAUUCUAGGGCAGAUAGGAGAUUGUUUUCUCUGAAGGAAGUUGAGUCUCAACCUUGGUAUAAUGUCACAUACAGGAUUGAUGACAAGAUAGAGGUCCUCUGUCAGGAUAGCGGUAUCAGAGGCUGCUGGUUCAGGUGUACGGUUGUGCAGGUAUCUCGGAAGCAGAUGAAAGUCCAAUAUGAUGAUAUUCAGGAUGAAGAUGGAAGUGGGAAUCUUAAGGAAUGGAUCCCUGCUUUCAAGUUGGCCAUGCCUGAUAAACUUGGGAUGAGACAUCCUGGCCGAUCGACAAUCAGACCAGCUCCUCCAACUUCCAAAGAUCAAGAAUUGGUUAUUGGAGUUGGAACUGCAAUUGAUGCAUGGUGGAGUGACGGCUGGUGGGAGGGGGUUGUAACUGGAACUGAUAACUAUGUUGAUGAUAAUGUGCAAGCAUACUUUCCUGGUGAAGGCUUGCUAAUGAAAGUACGCAAGAAAGAUCUAAGAAUAUCUAGAGAUUGGUCCGGGGACAGGUGGAUUGGUAUUAAGCCGAAGCUUGAUAUAACCUCAACUAUAUUCGCCAUUAACGGCCUUAACACGAAGCACUCCACGUCCCCAGCUAAAGAUGGGGACUCUAUUGGUGUUGCAAAUUCAUGUGAUGAAGUUCCAGCGAGUGACGAGCCUAUUAAUGAACCAGAUUUUGCUGAAAAGAUGGUUGAGGGUGUUGCUGAAGAUGGGGAUAACAAUGAUGAUGGUUAUAAUGAUAAUAAUGAUAGUAAAAAUAGUAAUCUUGUGUCAGAAAAAGAUACUCGAGCUGAUAACAAUGAGAUUGAGAUGAAUAGCAUUGGUAAUGAAGAUAAUGGUGAUGAUUCUAAUAAGGACAGUAAUGACAAUGUUGAUAACAAAGACGGCGAAAACGAUAAUAAGGACAGGGAGGCGUUUGGGACUUCCAUGGAGGACUGUAAAGCUGACGAACCCGCCGAAAUGGCUGUAUAAAUAUUUUUGUUUGGGUAGAACUGAUGACUGAUUGUAGAGCACUGCAACCAUCUCUUUGUUGUAAUUUGAGUCUAAUGUUAGUAUGAUAGGAUUGAAUGUAAAUAGUGAUGUUGGAAAGGUGAUUCUUCGUUUUUAACCUUGUUCUAAGUUGCCUUCCAUAUAGGUGUACAGUGUUAAGGGGCAAUGUCUCCAAGUCUGUGUUUUUUCUAUUUCAAUAUUGAUUGUAUUAGAAUGUAGAUUUCUUUCAUAAGGGACAGGACAGAUAUUGUUGAUUAAUUUCAGUUCUUGUCUAACUAGCUACCACUUUCAUUUA